UGUGGUCAAAUUAAACCGAUGAACAGUCCAAAAAUAUUUCAUCUCCCUCUGUAAACAGAACUUGGGCGAUGCUCUUUCGGUAUUCUAGACCCGUCAAGAGCUUCAUAGAGAAAAGGCCAAACCCAAAUUUUCCUUUCUCUCACUAAUAAUGCUCUCACUGGUUUUGAAUAUAGAAACUUGGUAUUCCUUCACCUGGCUGUGUAGAAUGAUUGUUUCUACUUCUUGGUGUGAGGCCUGGUUUUGAUUGGCUCAAAUGCCUGUUUCUUCUUAAGGAGGAAGAACACAACUCGUUUUUCGAGCCAUAAAACUUCAAAACCCUUCGAACCCAGUUGAGUUUUCUGUGAUUUCUCUUCUGGGUUUGCCUCUUUUUUGCUUGUGGGGUUCUCUCAGAGCUCUGAUCUUCACGAUUUUGUGAUCUGGGUUGUGUUAUAACUUGUGGGUUUGCUGUAAUUUCUUGUAUUUCGAUGCACUUUUCUGCUGGAAGGAUUUGUAAGUAGGCGUUUUAGAGAAAAGUAUGUCUCAAAAUUCUAAGUUAUCUUGUUCCAAUGUCAUAUUACCUGCUGGGUUGAAGGCGAAGAGGGCUAGGGAGCAUUUCCAUGGCCAACGGUGGAGUAAUCUUCUUUAUCUCUUGCCAUUUGGCGUCAUUUUGAUUGUGGGUCUUUGGUAUAUUUUGAGUCUUUGUGAUGGGAAUUCUGCUCGGGAAGUGGAGAUUCCUGAUACGUGUAAAGAGAAGGCUUGGAACUUGCUGAAGCAUUACAAUGUUAGUGAGAGUCAGUUUCAUGCUUUGGCUUCGUUCUUCUUUCAUUCAGAUCAGGCAGCAUCUCUUCAGUGUGCUGAAGACCCAGGGCCUGGUAUUGGCCUGAAAGAAUGCAUAGCUUGCGCUUUGAAGAUGCUAGAAGAGGAGCUAAACUUGCAAAAGCAGCGUGGGUGGCUUUCUGAAAAUUUACAACCUGAAGGCCAGUGCCCAAUUAGGGGUGAGAUGGAUUCCUUCAAUAAUGAUCUGUUGCAGUUAGUGGACAAGACACGCUCACUUACUUCACAAUCUUCUUUUGCUUUUGUGUCUCCUUGUCAUCAGAUUCAUAGAGAGAAGAUCUUGCAUUCUAAGGAAAUUGGAAACGAGCCUUCGCGAAGUUUGAACGGAUUAGUAAUGGCGUGUUUAUGGAUCCUUGCUGUAGUGAUAUCAUGUCUGAAGAUGUCUAGUUUUCAUUUGAAACUAAGGAACCAUAAGCAUAAACCAAUAAAGCAUCCCUCGGUCGAGAAGCAGCCAAUGAUUCAACUGCAGCAAGUGUUGCUACAGAAGAAGCAGUUAGAUCUAUCUCCAAGUCCUCCUAAAGGGGCUGGAAAAUGGAGAAAGAAGCUUCUUAUAAUAUUUGUUUUACUUGGAGUUAUUGGAUCCUUUUGGCUCUUUUGGUAUUUAAACAACAAAAUCAUCUUGAGGAGAGAAGAAACACUUGCGAACAUGUGUGAUGAGCGAGCUCGAAUGUUACAGGAUCAAUUCAACGUUAGCAUGAACCAUGUUCAUGCCUUGGCUAUUCUGGUCUCCACUUUUCACCAUGGCAAGCAUCCUUCUGCCAUUGAUCAGAAAACAUUCAGUGAAUAUGCAGAAAGAACAUCUUUUGAGCGACCACUAACCAGUGGCGUGGCGUAUGCUUUGAAAGUUAACCAUUCAGAAAGAAAUCAAUUUGAAGAGGAACACGGGUGGACAAUUAAGAAGAUGGGAACAGAGGACCAGACUCUUGUUCAGGAUUGUAUUCCUGAGAAUUUGGAUCCUGCUCCCUUUCAGGAUGAAUAUGCCCCUGUCAUAUUUUCACAAGAAACUGUAUCACAUAUAGUUUCCAUCGACAUGAUGUCGGGAAAGGAAGACCGCGAAAACAUCUUACGAGCAAGGGCUUCGGGGAAGGGAGUACUGACAUCGCCUUUCAAGCUUCUUAAGUCCAAUCACCUAGGUGUUGUACUCACUUUUGCUGUCUAUAACACUGACCUUCCUCCUGAUGCAACACCAGAGCAACGUACUGAAGCUACUGUUGGGUAUCUCGGAGCAUCCUAUGAUGUUCCAUCACUGGUGGACAAGCUUCUGCACCAACUUUCCAGCAAACAAUCAAUUGUUGUUGAUGUUUAUGAUACAACUAAUGCAUCUGGUCCCAUCAAGAUGUAUGGUUCUGAUGUGGUUGAUACUGGUCUAUUGCACAUUAGCAACCUGGAUUUUGGAGACCCUCAAAGGAAGCAUGAGAUGCAUUGCAGAUUUAAGCAGAUGCCUCAAUUACCAUGGAUGGCUAUAAAUGCAUCAGUGGGAGUUCUUGUUAUUACUUUACUCGUUGGACAUAUAUUUUAUGCGGCGAUAAGUCGAAUCGCAAAAGUGGAGAAUGACGUUCGUGAGAUGAUGAAACUCAAAACUCGUGCUGAAGCUGCAGAUGUGGCAAAGUCUCAGUUUCUUGCUACUGUUUCUCAUGAGAUCAGGACGCCAAUGAAUGGUGUUUUAGGGAUGCUGAAAAUGCUGAUGGACACUGAUCUUGACCCAAACCAACAGGACUAUGCCCAAACUGCAUAUGAUAGUGGGAAAGAAUUGAUAUCACUAAUAAAUGAGGUUCUUGAUCAAGCUAAAAUAGAAUCAGGCAGGCUUGAACUCGAAGAUGUACCGUUCGAUCCUCGAGCUUUACUGGAUAAUGUGCUGUCGAUGUUCUCUGGAAAAUGCCAUGAAAAGGGGAUAGAGUUAGCUGUUUAUGUCUCUAAUCUAGUCCCGGAAGUCCUCAUUGGCGACCCGGGACGCUUUCGGCAGAUAAUCACCAAUCUUGUGGGAAAUUCGAUCAAGUUCACCAACGACAAAGGACAUAUAUUCGUUACCGUGCACCUAGCAGACGAACUGAAGACUCCGCUUGAUGCGAUGGACAGCGUGCUAAGACAAGGCUUAGAUUUAGUAAAAGAUACGUCGAAAAAAAGUCAUAAUACAUUAAGCGGGUUUCCAGUUGUUGAAAGGUGCAAGAGUUGGGAGCAUUUCGAGAUAUUUAGUAGAACGGAUGCGAUGAAGGAAGACGACUUAAUUAAAUUGCUUGUAUCGGUCGAGGAUACAGGCCAUGGAAUUCCUUUAGAAGCACAAAGUCGAAUCUUUACGCCUUUUAUGCAAGCUGAUAGUUCGACUUCGCGUAAGUAUGGUGGGACUGGAAUAGGACUGAGCAUCAGCAAAUGUCUGGUGGAACUAAUGGGUGGAGAGAUAGGUUUUGUGAGCCAUCCUAGUGUUGGCAGCACAUUUUCGUUUACUGGAUGUUUGAGAAAAGGCGAUACAAGGUCUCUCGAUACAAAGUGGCAGCAGAACGAUCCAACCGUAUUGGAUUUCCGAGGACUGCAAGCGUUGGUAAUAGAUAAUAGAAGCAUUAGAGCUGAGGUAACAAAAUAUCAUCUCAAGAGGUUAGGGAUCUCGGUAGAUAUAGUUUCGAGUCUGGUUUCAGCGCACGAAUACGUAAAGAACAAUUGCAUCAAAAGUCCAUCCAAGUCAUUGGCCAUGGUGCUUAUCGACAAAGAUGUAUGGGAUAACCAAACCGGUCCGAUGAUCGCUCGUGUAUUUGAAGAACAUGGGGUAAAUGGCAAAGAAGAAUCAACACGAAGUCCUAAGAUCUUUCUCUUGGCUACCUCUGAUCUUCAAGAGACGAGAGCUCUGAAGUCGACCGGUUAUAUUAGUAAUGUAAUGACGAAACCCCUUAGGUUGGGUGUCUUGAUCGGAUGCUUCCAGGAAGCUUUCGGGAAGGUAAAUCGAAAGAAGCCGUCGAUUCUCGGGAACUUACUGAGAGAUAAGCAAAUACUGGUGGUCGAUGACAAUGCCGUUAAUAGACGAGUCGCAGAAGGCGCUCUAAAGAAAUAUGGAGCCAAGGUUACCUGUGUGGAAAGUGGUAGAGCUGCUAUUUCCUUGUUGAAACCACCACACAAGUUCCAUGCCUGCUUCAUGGAUCUUCAGAUGCCUGAGAUGGACGGGUUUACAGCAACACGAGAGAUACGAAAUAUCGAAAAGAAGGUUAACGAGGACAUUGCUUCUGGGAAAGCAUCAAGUGAUAUGUUUGGGAAUGUGGCUGUUUGGCAUACACCAGUGUUGGCCAUGACAGCUGAUGUGAUUCAGGCUACAAGUGAAGCAUGCAUGGCCUGCGGGAUGGAUGGUUAUGUCGCAAAGCCUUUCGAAGAAGAAAAAUUAUAUUCAGCUGUAGCUAGAUUCUUCGAGUCUGAUGGCGGGACUAGAAUAUGAAUACAAUGACUAGUCGUAGCCUCCUAUUUCGAGUUUAGCGACCCCGACAUCUCGUAGAAUCAUCCCGAGUACGCACUGAUCUUUCCUGUUGGUGACGACGGGAUCGAUCUGAAUGGAGGCUAUACGCCAUCGAGGGAUCAAGGUACGAUUUAUGAUCAACGAACACUAACCAGUGACUUCAUGUACUAAUCUUUCCUGCCUGUCAUGUUGUAGUUAGUUUUACAUGAUGUCGUGAACGUGAAACACUUUUCUAAACGCUCUGCAUCGAUCGCAGUAUGUUGCCCAGGCAAGUACUCCACAAGGGUAGCAGUAUGCUCAAGUUGCUUCUCUUUCAGUCAUGCCAUUUGCAAAUGAACCAAUGUGAAUGCACACGCCCGACAUCUCAGCUGCAAGACUGGAUACCGAAGUCGAAUGAGCGUUCCAUUUUAGUGCCCAUUCUACCAUAUAACGACGCAGCUGGUCAUUUCGAUAUAAACACAGGAGCAAACAAGGCUCGUCAUCACGGGGUUUAUUAAAAUGUUGGCUGGAUUCCGAACCCGAAUCAGCUUUACUGGUUUCAUGAGCUCCAUGAAUGGCAAAUUGUGGAAUGAAAAGCUGCUUCCAUUAACCAACCCUUUUUAUUGCUUAGCCUACAACAAUGAAAAUUGUGUCCGGAUGAUUAUCGUCCAACCAAUCCUUGGAUCUUAAUUCUUUGGUGCUUCUGAAUAGGUACAACUCUAUACCGACCCCAACGGGAUACCUUUCACCGCGCCACACAAUUCUUUCACCAAAUGCUCUCUCAGACGUUUCCACUCCUGCCCCCGCAAGCAAAGAUGUUUCAUUCAAGAUACUAGGCGACCAAAUGAAAGUGAACAGCUCGAGAAAAUCUUCUAGAGAGCGUACUCUUUGUUUCGACUCUCAAUAUGGUUCUCGCCAUUCAUGGCCAAAAGAAGAAUAAGAUGAAUAACAUGUCUUUGUAACUCCAGAUAAGUAGUCUAGAAUCAUUUUCAAAAUGUAUGGUAUUUUAGGACGAGAGAUUUACUUGUACAGCUGAAUAUAUAUUUCAAAUUCUUUGCGCCACGGUUGUUC